AUGCUGACAGCCCUGGGAACUGCAGCACCUCGGGGCUCUGGUCAUGAAACGGAGUUCUGGCUUCACGAAGGAGUUCUCCAUACCAAUCGGCUGGUGCCAUGGGAAUGUCCCAGUAUAUGCCCCGAACAUAGUCAGGCGGUGAAAUUGUCACUGGACAUGCCGCUACAGAGCGAGCUUGUGAACAGCGCGUUAAUCUUCAGGGCAAAUGAAGAUUUUAUGACAGACUCAAAGGAGGACGAGAUAUGUCUCCAGGUGGAGAUGACUGAGUACCAGGGUUGCGCUCCUGACCAACGCACAAAGCAACCGGUCAUCGUUGUCGGCCAUACAAUUUCCAAUAGUCGCGAAAGUACACUUCGUCAGGUAGUCACACUCGCCGCACAGAGUGGCUAUCAAACCAUUGUCAAGACAAAGAAAGGUUGCUAUUUCGAUUGUGAGGGUCUCGACCCAGCACUCCUUUGCGCCACCCUUUCAACUGUAUGCAAAGUCCUUCUCUGCAUGAGAUGGUUAGGAAGAGCCAAAAAGGAUGAUCAUAUUCUCAUUUUACAUAUGCCCCUCUUGUUUGCUAAGUUGGCCAUCAGUCUCAGUAAGGAACUGAAUGCCCGGAUCACUAUCGUUGUAGCAACACAAGAAGAGAGCGAAGAACUGUAUGAAGCCUCGUCGUCCGGCAUUCCGAUUGUUGUCGUUGAGGAUAUGCAUGCAUCUCAUAUGUCGCCAGUUCUCGAAGCUACCUCCGGGAAAUUUUCACUGGUGAUAUGCAAUCGAUUCUCAGCAGCUGGUCAAGAGGCAUGGAGACACAUAUCAGCGGCCGGUCGGUUUGUCUUAUGCAAUGAAGAUAUGGAAGGGAAGCUGGAUACAGGUCCUUUUACCAAGGGUGCUUCUUUCCUGCCGAUGGGAUACGAAAACCUCGGUACACGACAAGAGAUGGCGGCAGAAAUCCUACAGGAUGGGUUGGAGUUUUUAAGAAAGAACAAGGACAUCUGGACGUCCCAUGUGUCAGUGUACAACAUUGAUCAAAUGCCCACGCAGUCAAAGGGAAGCCAGUUCAAAGCAUCUCCAGGUUCAGCUGAAGAGGUACAUGCGGCAGUGCGAUUCAACUAUGGUGAAAGUUCGGUGAAGAUCUUACCUCCGAUCCGACGGGUCAAAUUCUUCCCUGAUGCAGCAUACCUACUUAUCGGAGGGCUCGGCGGCCUUGGAAGCAGUCUGGUCCGCUGGAUGACGGAACGAGGAUGUCGACAUUUCAUUUUUGUGUCACGCUCAGGCGCCACGCAGCAAAAGGCAGCACAGACCGUUGAACUUGCCGAAAAGGCCGGCGCAUCCGUACAGGUGUUCCAGGCUGAUGCUGGCAAUGAGUCCGAUAUGAGAGCCAUUGUCGCCCGAGUGAUGAAAGAAAGACCAAUCCGCGGUGUGGUGCACGCUGCAAUGGUACUGCAGGACGGCCUACUCCAGGGCAUGACAGCAGCACAAUACCAAGCUGCUAUCACCCCCAAACUCCGCAUAGCACAUGUCCUCCAUUCCGUCCUCAUCAACUCUCCACUAGACUUCUUCGUCAUGACUAGUUCGAUCUCAGGCACAAUAGGCACACCAGGCCAGACAAAUUACAGUGCCGGGAACAGCUUCCUCGAUGCGUUCGCAGUAUACCGCCAGUCCCUCGGUCUACCAGCCUGCUCGAUAGCGCUACCAAUGCUCCUCGACGUCGGCGUUGUGGCAGAGAAUCAGACCGUCGAAGACUCCCUCCAGCGAUUAGGCUUCUACGGAAUCGACGAGGUAGAGAUGCUCGAGGGUCUCGAAGUCGCCAGGUCCCCGAACAGUCCCAGCCAUCUUAUACUAGGCCUCGAUCCUUCCCUGCUACACCGUUCUGCCGGUACAAAUCGUCUAUUCUGGCAUGGCGAUGCUCGUCUACGCGGCGUACAGCGGGACUUGGAUCUUUUGCAGGGUUCGUUGAGAGCUUCGAAGCCGGAUGGGGAAGUUAUCGGUGAUGGGGAGGAGCUGGAUUAUGAGACGUUGAUGGCGCGCGUUGGAGAUAGGAUUGUACAGAAAUGCGCGAGUAUGUUGGGGAGGGAGAUUCACGAAAUAAAUCUCAGUAAAGGGACUGUUGCCUCGUAUGGACUGGAUAGCAUGAUUGGGUCCGAAUUGCAGCAGUGGUUGUUUGGGGAGUUUGGACUAGCUUUGAGUUUUCACGCAUUUACUGCGCCGGAGAUGACGUUUGAGGGGUUGGCGAGGCAGGCGGUUGAGGCGCUCGGGGUGGGUAGUGCGAAGUGA